AUGCACCAGUUCCUUGACUACCAAGCAAGUGGCGAUCGUCCCUUGGUCCACUCUCAUACAUUACUUAGCUUUGUCUGCUUAGUAGCCACUUGCUGCUCGGACCGACCUAAUCGAGAUCAAACAAAAAACCCAGUUCCGAAGCCCAAAUAUUCAUGCUGUCAUUCGAGCAAAAGGACAGUAAUUCUGGAUACUGCCACUCCACUUGAGCCACCUUCAGGCGUGUUUGUGUCCGGAUCAACAUAUAAAUCUGGUACUACUUGCGCAAUUAACUCUUCGAAGGUAGAGAAGACAACUGAAUUUAAAGCCGAUUUAAAUCCUAAAAUUGAUGUACAUCCUGAGGACGUUGAGGGCGUGACCUGGUUCCGAGGAGGAGUUAAGCCCUCUGAGCUAGUGCAAUAUUGGAGGUCUGAGUGGGGGUCUCGAAAUAAAGUACGUGUAGCCGACAAAUUUGCCAAAGAUCACGCACUAGAUAAAGAAGAGAGCUUCCCACAGGUUAGCCCUCAGUUUGUCUCUUCGAUUUUAUUCAUUUGA